CUGGUGUGAGAUGUCCACUGAGAGACACUGACGCAGAUCAGGACUCAGGCAUUCAGUUGAUGGAGUGCGAUAAGAUCCAUUUGGGGCAUACUAAUAAGUCAUCUUGAGAUAUUCAAAACAUGAGCUGCGAGCUAGCAAAGAUAACAGUGCUGACUGCUAUUUCACAUGAAUAAGUCAAAUAUUUUGUGUUGAUGUCCUUGAGAGAAAAAGGCUGAAAAAUAUUAUUCAUAUUUAUUAUUGCAUGUAAUUUAAGGAUAUUUCAGUUUUUUUUAAAUAUACAAAAUAAGACCAGAUUUUCCCAAUAUAAAUCAUUUGAUUUAAUUGCUGUAAUAACUGCUCCAUUUUCAGCAUAAAUGCCCCUUAUGAAAAAUGAAAUAUCGCCUAAUUACAACGCAGUAUGCAAGAAAACAUACAGAGAAUUCAGGCUAUGACCAGAGGAGCUCAAUGGUUUGUAAUAGACCACACAGACCCCUAGUGGAAGUCACUGGUAAGGCAGGGUAGGGAGAACCAUUGAGAAGAUGUAUAAGUGGUGAUAUCGUGACGCGAUCCAUUCAGUGUGAGCCGAGUGAGAGCAAAGCAGCUCCUCCACCUCCAGGACUCUCAUUUACACCUACUCUGCAUGCUGCUGGAGAACACCAAGCAAUGGAUAAUAACUUAAAGGUUGAAACGAGUUGAGGGAUCACCACAACAGAUCAGCAAAAGGAAUAUCCCUGUUCCUAGAGAUCACCUGUUCGGUUAAAAGCUGCAUUAUGCGCGAGGAAAACUAGUUUCUGGCGUUUUUGUUUUGUUUUUGGAGACGCGGGCGUGCGCUUUGGACACCAUGGAGGACAUCUUCAAGGAUCAAGACUUUUGGUCCUUUAAUGAGUCAUCCAGAAACGCCACCAAUGAAACCUACGGCGUGAACCAGACGGUGAAUCCCCUCAAGCGGAACGAAGAGGUGGCCAAAGUGGAAGUUACCGUGUUGGCCUUGGUGCUGUUCUUGGCGCUCGCCGGUAACCUUUGCGUCCUUAUUGCAAUCCACACAGCCAAGCACAGCCAGUCUCGCAUGUAUUACUUCAUGAAGCACCUCAGCAUUGCAGACCUGGUCGUGGCCGUCUUCCAGGUUCUUCCUCAACUCAUUUGGGACAUCACUUUUCGCUUUUAUGGUCCGGACAUCUUGUGUAGGUUGGUGAAGUAUCUUCAGACUGUUGGGAUGUUCGCCUCCACCUACAUGCUGGUGCUGAUGUCCAUAGACAGAUGCAUGGCGAUCUGCCAACCUCUUCGUUCUUUACACAAGAGAAAGGACCGCUGUUACGUGAUUUGUUCAUGGGCACUGAGCUUACUUUUCAGCAUCCCGCAGGUUUAUAUCUUCUCCCUACGGGAGGUGGGUUCAGGAGUCUAUGAUUGCUGGGGAGAUUUUGUUCAGCCUUGGGGAGCGAAAGCCUACAUUACGUGGAUUAGUCUGACAAUAUACAUUAUACCAGUGACCAUUCUGAGUGUCUGCUACGGGCUGAUAAGCUUUAAAAUAUGGCAAAACUUUAAAAGGAAGACGAAGAGGGACCAGUGCAUCACUCUCACACCCAAAGCAUCCAAAGGCAACGCGCUCGCGCGGGUCAGCAGCGUCAAACUCAUUUCCAAGGCCAAAAUCACCACCGUUAAAAUGACUUUUGUUAUCGUACUGGCUUACAUAGUGUGUUGGACUCCGUUUUUCUCCGUGCAGAUGUGGUCAGCAUGGGAUCCUGAAGCACCGAGGGAAGCGAUGCCCUUUAUCAUCUCCAUGUUGCUGGCCAGUCUGAACAGCUGCUGCAACCCCUGGAUCUACAUGUUUUUUGCUGGCCAUCUCUUCCAUGACCUGAAGCAGAAUCUGUUUUGCUGCUCCACGCUCUAUCUGAAGUCCUCUCAAUGCCGCUAUGAUCCAGAGCAAGAUUCCCGUAAGAGCAACUCCUCCACCUACGUCAUCAAAAGCACCAGCAGCCAGCGGAGCAUCACCCAAACCUCCAUCACAUAAACCAGACAUACAAUCCCGAACCCAUAUACACCACAGGAAAGCUAAGAGACUGCGAUGCAAGCUAAAUGUCACAAUCGGUUUGCUUCAGCUGUGUUUUCAUCUGGGAAAAAUUCAGAAUGUCAGUUUAAUUACUCCACUUGUGUUUCACCCAUUUUCUUAUCUCCAAGGACCUCGAGUGGCAGUAAUCUGUUUUUUCUAGCUUCAUGUUUUGUGUUUCUAGACUUUACAGAAGGAAUGUUCUUUAAUUCUGGUUCAUGUUUACACUUAAAACCUGUUUACACACAUUACUAAAAUGCAGUUUAGGCUUGAAACACAAUUAGACUUGGGAGACAUUUCAUUUUACACGUGGCAUUUUAACCUGUACUUUUUGUCCACUUUUGACCAUUUUCCUGAUUUCCUUGAAGGGAGGAUCUAUGGGUGGGUGUAUAUCUGGGCUUUCAAUUUGAUAUUGCAAAGUAAAGUGUACAAAUUAUACAAUGCAUCCGGAAAGUAUUUAUAGCGCUUAGUUUUUCCACCUUUUUUAAAGUUACAGCCUUAUUUCAAAAUGGAUUAAAUUCAUUUAUUUUCUACACACAAUACCCUAUAAUGACAAUGUGAA